AGACAAAACAAAACAAACUGGAAUUCCGAAAUCAAAGAUGAGGGCACUCAUCUGUUUUGUCUUUUUCCCUCUCUGCUAGAAAGCUGAAAAUGGCGGCGUCAAAUUUGGGAGGAAGCAUCCUGAAAUACGUCUAUCAUUCAAGCAGCCUAUACAAUAAGAAUCCAGGCCAACUCUUCUUCUUCAGAGGCUUCGCUUCUACCCUCUUCGUUAAAGGUAUUUCUUUCUCCACCACAGAGGAUGUAUUAGCUAAUUCAUUUUCACAAUUUGGCAAAGUAGUUGAAGCUAAGGUAAUGAUGGAUAGUGUUAGAAACAGAUCAAAAGGGUAUGGCUAUGUGACUUUUGCUGAAGAGGAUGAAGCCAGGAAGGCUCUUACAGUCAUGAAUGGGCAGUUGCUAGAUGGACGUGUCAUCUUUGUAGACAAGGUGCGGCCUGGUUCAAUUCCAAGGACCCCGAGUCAAGCGGCUGAUGAGUGAUUUUGGUAUUUUUUUUCAUGUCAUAUGAAUACACUAGAGAGUUGAAGCUAUGGAAAUCAAUUACAUUCAGAGUUUCGCUUUUUGUUUGAAAACAGUUUUCCUAGAAUGACAUGACAGAUGGAAUGGGUUUAAUAUUAUUUGUUCUAGGUCUGUCAGAGAAUUUGGAUCUUUGAUGAUUUUGUAGACAAUUUUGGUUUCUUCUCCCCUUCUAUUAUUGGGGUCGAUGAUAAGUUAGAUGUAGGUUAUUUACUUCCAAUCA